AAACAUAAUAUGUGUGUCUCGUGGCUCUGUUCAACCGGGAUAAAAAAAGUAUUUGUCCCUCGCCAUUGACUACCAUACAUAUUUUUUUUUCCUUUUUUUUUAUCAUCUCAGAAUUAAGCUGAUAUGGGACACCGGGAGGGGGCGUGUCUUCAUCUCGCGUUCGAUUCAGGAAGUUGUGUGUUUACUUAAUAUCUUCCCCCAAAAAACAAAAGUAAAAGCAGAAACAACAUGGCUCCCACUUGGUCGACACCCAGGGACGAGCUCUCCUGUCCCAUCUGUCAGGACAUCUAUAAAGACCCUGUUCUUCUCCCCUGCAGCCACAGCUUCUGUAACGUGUGCGUGAAGAAAUGGUGGGGAACCAAACAACAGAGGACGUGUCCGAUCUGCAAAACGCUGUCUCGGAGCAAGUCACCUCCUCGCAACCUGGUGCUGAAGAACCUGUGCGAGGCGUUCUUGUUGGAGGUGGAAUCAGGGCUGGUGUGUCGCCUCCACACGGAGAGACUCAAGCUCUUCUGCCUGGACCACCGUGCUCCCAUCUGCGUGGUCUGCAGGGACUCCAGGCUGCACACCAACCACCGCUUCACCCCAGUGGAUGAAGCUGCAGAGCCCUACAGGAGUGGCCUGCAGGGGUAUGUGAGGCAUGCAAGGGAGAAACUGAAACUUAUCAGUGAAGUGAAACUGGAUUUGGAGAAAUCUGAUAAUGCAAUUCAUAAUCAAGCAUUGUCCACUGAGAUGACCAUAAUGACUGAGUUUGAUUUGCUGCAGAAGUUCCUGGUUUUGGAGAAAGAUUUCAGGAUUGCAGCACUGAAGGAAGAAGCCACCCAGAAAAGAGCAGUCAUCAAGGACAGGAUUGUAAGUCUGACCGGUGAGGUAAUUGCCCUGGAAAGUACCAUCAAAACCAUAGAGGAUGGGCUGCGGGAUGGGGAUGACACGUCACUGCUGCUUCAGGUCGAUGCUCUCACCAGGGCUGCUCAGCGCCCCCUGCCGGAGGACCCAGAGCGGGUCACAGGGGGCCGGAUCGAUGUUGCCAAACACCUGGGAAACAUGAGCUUCAACGUGUGGUGCAAGAUGAAACAGCUGGUGUCAUACACCCCUGUAGUCCUGGACCCCAACACCGCCCACCCAGAGAUCCAGCUGUCUGAAGGUUUGACAAAUGCAGGUUGUAGACCAAAAAGGCCUUUUGUUGCAACCCCGGAGAAGGUGGAGGGGCACCACAGCGUCCUGGGCUAUGAGGGCUUCACCUCAGGGAGACACAGCUGGGACGUGGAGGUCGGCAGCAAUCACGUGUGGGCGCUCGGGGUCGUGGCACCGGACGCCCAGACGACAGGAGACGUCAUGUCGGGGUUAUGGAUGGUGAGGUUUUAUAAAGGUAAAUUCUCUGCCUUCUCCCCGUCAGGCCCAGCGGCCAUCCUCCCGCUGGACAAACGGCCCAUGAGGGUCAGAGUGCAACUGAACUGGGACAUGGGGACGCUGUCCUUCCUGGAUCGAGAUACUAACACACCCAUUCAUGCCUUCACGCACACAUUCACCGACAGGCUGUUUCCAUACAUCAACACCUGGGAUACCCUCCCACUGAAGAUACUGCCGGUGGAUGUCACCGUGACGUUGACGCGGCCGGUGGACAAUUACAAGAUCAUAGCGGUGGAGUGAUGAACCUGCUUUCCAUCCAGCUGUGAAAAAAAAAACUGAGAAUAUCGCUCAAUGUUUUGAUUUGUUUUUCUUAUUUUUAUCAAGUCAGGAAACUUUUUUUUUUUUUUUUUUUUUUUGUCUCUAAAACUGAGGUAUGAUUAAAAAUGAAUGAUGUUGUGAAAACUGUAGAGCACAACAGAAUAUACACAUGCAGAUAAAUGUGGAACAUUGAAUAGAUAUUGUAUGUUCAGAGAUGUGUGCAAUGUAAAAUAUCUCAAGAAUUCUAAAAUGUAGUCUCUUUCACUGAAAUUGUUAUGUAAAAAUGCUAAAAAAGAAUGUAUGAUUGUGUGAAGGUGUGUUCAGAACAUACUUCACACUAAACCUGAGAGGGAAAAUGGUAAAGCUACACUGGGGACCUUUCCAGUUAACCAAAUGGAAGAAGGGCUUUACUUUAGUGUUCUAUUUACGCAGUUGGUCUUUUUGUGUUUCUCAUUUUCUUUGUCUUGCACUUUGUUACUGUACAGUCAGGGUGGUUGUACCUUGUUGGUCACAUACUGUUGGAUUGAACAGUACAUUUUUGAUUGAUUGCACUUUUUUGUUUUUUGCAUUUCUCUGCACACUGUUGAAGUGCCUAUGUUAUUAAAACUGCCCUUUUAUAUGCAAAGCUUCCAAUGGAUACACUUAUGUAAGUUAAUAAAAUAAAUAUAUUAUUAUUUUCAUAAAACAAAAACAAUAAAACACUUUGAAAGUCUGAAAUAGAUGUCUGAAUUG